AUGAGUCAACAAGGAGAAGAACUGGCAGAACAGUUGGAACACGGAGUGAGUGUGGCUAUAGAAUUAAUACAAGAAGAACUUGCCGAAUUAGCAUUAGAGAUUGAUUACUAUCGGUUAGAGAAUUCAUGUCAAAAGGAAAUUGUUGCUAUUCCCUUAAAUGUGCUACAGACUGAUCUAAUUAAAGAAGAGGAAGAAAAUUUAUCUCUCAAACAAACCUCUGCUUGGGUACAAACGACAAACCAUUAG